GCAAAGAAAAACCAUGGAAUACCAUCAAUGUCUUGUUAGAUCUACUUCAAGUGAUGCAAUAUUAGAUUACCCAACUAAUGAUGAUUGGAAUAAGCUAAGUGAUUUAUGUGAGAUUUUAAAACCUAUAUACAUUGCUACAACAUUGCUAUCAAAUACAAAAUAUCCAUCACUUGGAGAUGUACAUCUUACAUUUUUGGGGAUUUUAAAAAAUUUAAAUAAUAUUAUUGAUAAUGAUCAGAAUGAGCAAUAUUUAAUAGCAGAUUCUGUUAGGCAUAAUGAAGUUAACAACAAUGUUAAAGAAUUAAUAACUGAACACAUUUCAAAUGCAAACAAUAAUAGCUAUAAUAAUAAUCAAUACCCUAUUUCACAUCAU